CCGGUGAAGAGACAGCCAAUGGACGUCAGGAUUGAGGGAAGGCUACGCCCCCCACGGAGGCCUGGACGAGUGGGCGGUUGCCUUACCCAGGCGCAGUGGCUUACACCUGUAAUCUCAGCACUUUGGAAGGCUGAGGAUCGCUUGAGCCCAGGAGUUCGAGACCAGCCUGGGCAACAGCGAGAUCUCCAUCGCUACAAAACAUUUUUAAAAUGCUGCCUUGGACCCCCUGAGCUCAAGUGAUCCUCCUGCCUCAGCCUCCCCAGUAACUGGGACCACAGGCAUGCACCACCAUACCCAGUUAAGUUUUAAAAUUUUUGUCAAAACAGGAUCUUGCUAUGUUGACCAGGCUGGUCUCGAAUUCCUGGGCUCAAGCCAUCCUCCUGCUUCAGCCUCCUAAAGCAUUAGGACUACAGACAUGAGCCACAGUGCCCGGCCUUAAAGUGAAUAUUUAGGAUGAGAAAAGGAAAGCUAACAAGUUAGGUGAGAAGAACCAGGUGUCUCCUUGGAAGAGAUCUUAAGGCAGUUUCCCAGAAAUUCAUAAAAAUGUUCUCACAUUGCAACCUGGUUCCCUCUGUCCACCAAAAGCAUUCUACAACCCCCAGCAACUCACAGCACACAGGUGCACCUGCAAGUGAAGAGCCCUGCCGACCUAGCGUCCUUAGUCUCUCCUCUCUCUGACCCUCAGUCUCCCCCUUUCUCUCCCUCUCAGACUCCCCGACUUAUCUCAGGAAAACAUAGUGGUGGAAGUUACUUCUGCGCAGCGAUAGCACAUCCGGAAGGAUGUCAGCAAGUGACCGUAUCGCUGUGGCUUCCCCUUCCUCCUCUGAGACGUUGUCUUUUUGGAGACCUUAAGGGCUGCUCCUGGUUUCUCAGUGAUGAGUCCUGGCUCCACUGUGGUUCAUUUUUGUGAGUGAAAUGCCCGCAUUCUUCUUCACCUCUGAUUUAGCCUCUGUCCCCUGGGCUUCAGCACCAUUUUCUCCUCAUCCUCAGCCCUCUCUUGCUCUGGUUGCUCCAGAUACAUCUCUUCUGUAAAUGUUUUUUUUUUUUCUUAUUGCUUUUUUGUUUGUUUGUUUGUUUGUUUUUUGAGAUGGAGUCUUGCUCUGUCGCGCAGGCUGGAGUGCAGUGAUGUGAUCUCGGCUCACUGCAACCUUUGCCUCCUGGGUUCAAGCGAUUCUCUUGCUUCAUCCUCCCGAUGGCUGGGAUUACAGGCAUAGCUCACUGCAGCCUCGAACUCCUGGGCUCAAGCAAUCCUCCGACCUCAGCCUCCCGAGUAGCUGGAACAACAGGCGUGGGUCACUCUUGUGUCAGUCUCCCAGUUAGACUGGGAGCCUCAUGAAUGCAUGGCGCAGGACGGUCUCAUCAUUACUGAGUCUCCAGGAUCAUCCAGCGAGGGGUCGGCACAAAGUGGGCAUUGAACAAAGCUUUGCACUCCCGGAACUAAAACUAGGUGCCAGACGGUCCGGAGGCGGGGGCCACGUCAGCGGGGCCACCCAGGGCUCGCGGGGUCCCGGCGGGCGCCAUGCGGAGGGGCGCGCUCCUGGCGGGCGCCGUGGCGGCGUACGCCGCGUACCUGGUGCUGGGCGCGCUGUUGGUGGCGCGGCUGGAGGGGCCGCACGAAGCCCGGCUCCGAGCCGAGCUGGAGACGCUGCGGGCGCAGCUGCUUCAGCGCAGCCCGUGUGUGGCUGCUCCCGCCCUGGACGCCUUCGUGGAGCGAGUGCUGGCGGCCGGACGGCUGGGGCGCGUCGUGCUUGCUAACGCUUCGGGGUCCGCCAAUGCCUCGGACCCCGCCUGGGACUUCGCCUCUGCUCUCUUCUUCGCCAGCACGCUGGUCACCACCGUGGGCUAUGGGUACACAACGCCACUGACUGAUGCCGGCAAGGCCUUCUCCAUCGCCUUUGCGCUCCUGGGCGUGCCGACCACCAUGCUGCUGCUGACCGCCUCAGCCCAGCGCCUAUCACUGCUGCUGACUCACGCGCCCCUGUCUUGGCUGAGCAUGCGUUGGGGCUGGGACCCCCGGCGGGCAGCCUGCUGGCACUUGGUGGCCCUGCUGGGAGUCGUAGUGACCGUCUGCUUUCUGGUGCCGGCUGUGAUCUUCGCCCACCUCGAGGAGGCCUGGAGCUUCUUGGAUGCCUUCUACUUCUGCUUUAUCUCUCUGUCCACCAUCGGCCUGGGCGACUACGUGCCCGGGGAGGCCCCUGGCCAACCCUACCGGGCCCUCUACAAGGUGCUGGUCACAGUCUACCUCUUCCUGGGCCUGGUGGCCAUGGUGCUGGUGCUGCAGACCUUCCGCCACGUGUCCGACCUCCAUGGCCUGACGGAGCUCAUCCUGCUGCCCCCUCCGUGCCCUGCCAGCUUCAAUGAGGAUGAAGACGAUCGGGUGGACAUCCUGGGCCCCCAGCCUGUAUCGCACCAGCAACUCUCUGCCAGCUCCCACACCAACUACGCUUCCAUCCCCAGGUAGCUGGGGCAGGCUCUGCCAGGCUUGGGUGUGCCUGGCCUGGGACCAAGGGGCCCAGGCGACCAGAGCUGGCUGUACAGGAAUGUCCACAAGCACAGCAGGCGAUCUUGAGGCCUUGCCACCCACCGUCUCUCCUUUGUUUCCCAGCAUCUGGCUGGGAUGUGAGGGGCGGCACUCCCUGUCCCCAUGUCCCAGGCUCCACUGGGCACCAACAUAACAUUGUUCUCUGUCCUUGCUCUCAUCCUCUUUACACUGUGUCUCUCUGGCUCUCCGGCAUUCUUGCUGUCUCUGUCUUUCCCUCUUGCUGUCUCUGUUUCUCAUUCUCUUUCAUGUUCCGUCUGUGUCUCUCAAUUAACCACUCAUCAAUUGCUGAUUCUACCAGGCUGUGGGCUCAGACCUCAUUUCAGGCACCAGAUUGGUCGCUACACCCUGGACAAGUGACUGCUCCUCUCUGAGCCUUGAUUUCCUCAGCUGCCAAAUGGGAAGAACAGACGAAUUUGCCCCUAAACCCCUCCUGUGUGCUGGCCCUGUGCUAGACAGUGCUGGAGACAUAGUUGGGGGUGGGGAACUGCCCUCAUGGAGCUUGCAGUCCAGUGAGGUGGACAGACCUGUCCCCAGACAGUGAUGGCUCAAAAUGGUCAGGACUUUAAUGGAGGAGGUGAGGUGAUGAAAGCACAGGCAGAGUGGUCAGGGCUGAAGUCGGAGAAGCACAGGGACUAGGCCCAAUCCCGCCUGGAAAGUCAGGGAGGACUUCCUGGAGGAAGAGACAUCGAACUAAGACCUGAACUAUGAGAAAUAGGCAGGAAGAAGUUGUACCUGACUCAUUUUUCUCAGGUGUCUCCAGGGAGCAGGACCCAUGGAGGGAGCCCUGGUGUAGGCCUGGGCGGUAGACUCUUCCUCAGCAGCCUGGCAGGCAGGAAACGGACAUAGGACCCCAGCCCAGAUCUGAAUGGCAUGGGAGGUGCUGCCCUUAGCCGUGACACCAUUGUAAGAGCUGUCCCCAUUUGUAUGUUGUGCUAAUUGUAUGUUGUGCCCUGGAAUCAGCCUGGUUGAGCUCAAAUCCCAACUUAGCCGCGUCUGGCCUUUGUCCUUGGGCAGUCACCCUACCUCUCUGAUUUUGUUUCCUUAUCUGUAAAAUGGUGAUCAUCAUAUACGACUUCAAAAGAUGAUUUCAGGCUGAGUGUGGGGGCUCACGCCUGUACGCCCAGCACUUUGGCAGGCUGAGGAAGGAGGAUCGCUUGAGGCCAGGAGUUUGAGACUAGCCUGGGCAACACAGUGAGACCUUAUCUCAACAACCACAAAAUCUAAAAAUUAGCUGGGUGUGGUGGUGCACAUCUGUGAUCCUGGCUACUCCAGAGGCUGAGGUGGAAGGAUCACUUGAGGCCAGGAGUUUGAGGCUGCAGUGAGUUAUGAUGGUACUGCUGCACUCCAGCCUGGGGGACAGAGUGAGACCCUGUCUGAAAGAAAGAAAGAAAGAGAGAGAGAGAGAGGAAGGAAGGAAGGAAGGAGAAAGAGAAAGAGAGAGAAAGAGAGAGAGAAAGAAAAAGAAAGAAAAAGAGAAAGAGAGAAAGAAAAGAAGGAAAGAAGCCGGGCACAGUGGCUCAGUCCUGUAAUCCCAGCACCUUGGGAGGGCCAAGGUGGGAAGAUCGCUUGAGUCCAGGGGUUUGAGACCAGCCUGGCCAACAUAACAAGACCCCAUCUCUACAAAAAUAAAAAUUUUAAACAGGGCCGGGGCAUUUGAGCCGGGUCUCAACAGUAGACAAGUAGAAAAGGCAUGGAGAGGGCAUGCCAGGUGGGAGGAGCUGUGUACAAAGGCCUGGAGAUGGAAAAGCAUGCUGGCCACCAGCUUCUGACAAGCAGUUUACUAUGAACGGUAUGGAAGGAAAGAGGGAAGGAGGGCAGAGUGGUCGGCACGAGCACCUCUUAGUGUCCUUAAAUGACAAGCAUGGGAACCUGGUCUCUUUCCUGAGGGCCCUAGAGAGCUAUGGAAGGGUUUAGAGUAGGAGAGGGUCAUGGUUAGGUUUGGGUUUUAGGAUGAUCCCCCUAGUUGCUUUGGAGAGGUGGAGCAGAGGGGGUACUGAGGCUGGGUGCCUGUGGGAGGCUGGGGCAGGAACGAAGAGGGAGACGAUGGGCCUGGGCUGAACCAUGGAAGGGAGGAGGGGUGGGUGCGGGGACACUCAGGAGCCAAGUGGACAGGCCAUAGCCCUCACAGACUGGAGGGACGCGGCUAGGGAAGGUCCCACGGAGUGGCCAAUUAUCCCUCAGAUGGGGACCUGGGAGAAAGAGCAAGUUUUAGUGGAGACGCUGAGGCUGCUUUAGAAUAUGGUGGGUGUGUGGGGCAAAAGGGACACCCAGGGGUGUAUCAAGAGGUCAUAGUGGGGGCAGGCCAGAUGGCUCAUGCCUGUAAUCCUAGCACUUUGUGAGGCCAAGGCAGGUGGAUCACCUGAGGUCAAGAGUUCAAGACCAGCCUGGCCAACAUGGUGAAACCCCGUCUCUACUAAAAAUACAAAAAUUAGCUGGGUGUGGUGGCACACGCCUGUAGUCCCAGCUACUUGGGAGGCUGAGACAGAAUUGCUUGAACCUGGGAGGUGGAGGCUGCAAUGGGCCAAGAUCGCACCACUGUACUCCAGCCUGGGCGAGACAAAGACUCUGUCUCAAAAAAAAAAAAAAAGAGGUCAUAGGGGCUGGGCGUAGUGGCUCUCACCUAUAAGCCUAGCAAAUCCUAGCACUUUGGGAGGCUGAGGCAGGAGGAUUGCCUGAGCCCAGGGGUUCAAGACCAGCCUGAGCAACAUAAAAUACAAAAAAUACAAAAGUUAGCUGGGUGUGGUGGUGUGCACCUGUGGUCCCAGCUAUGCAGGAGGCUGAAGUGGGAGGAUCACUUGAGCCUGGGAGGUCAAGGCUGCAGUGAGCUGUGAUUGCAUCACUGUACUCCAGCUUGGGUGACAGAGCAAGACCCUGUCUCAAAAAAAAGAAAAAAAGAAAAAGAAAAUACGUAUAUUGGAUAUACUAUGUGCCAGGCACGAUUCCAAGCCCCCGAUACAUUCUCUACAUUUUACAGAUGAGGGAGGAGGUCCAGAGAUGUUAAAUACUUGCCCAAGGUCGCACAGAAAGUGGAACACUGGGAUUUGAACAAGGUUUUGGUUGGGCAUCUUUUCCUAUGGGAGCUCAGAAAUAUCUGUUGUCUAGCCCUUUCUCAGCCUCCCAACCUUCUCGGUUCCUUACCUAUGUCACAGUUGACUUUGAGCUAAAGUCAUCUUGGGGCAGCUAGGUGCCUAUGUGAGCUGGCAUUCAUUUCUCACUGUUUUUCCUUCCAAAUACCUCCAGGAAGAAAAGCAAGUCCUUUUCGGUCCAAGACAUUAAAAAAGCCAGGCUCAGUGGCUCAUGCCUGUAAUCCCAACACUUGGGGAGGCUGAGGCAGGAGGAUCGCUUGAGCCUGGGAGUUGGAGACCAGCCUGGUCAUGUUAACAUAGCAAGACCCCUCUACAGAAAAUGUUAAAAAUGAGCUGGGUGUGGUGGUGCACACCUGUAGUCCCAGUUACUCGGGAGGCUGAGGCAGGAGGAUCACUUGAGCCUAGGAGGUUGAGGCUGCAAUGAGCCAUGAUCACACCACUGGACUCCAGCCUGGGCUACAGAGCAAGACCCUGUCCUACGACAGAAAAAAGGGCCAGGCACAGUGGCUCACGCCUCUAAUUCCAGUACUUUGGGAGGCCGAGGCGGGCGGAUCACGAGGUCAGGAGAUCAAGACCAUCCUGGCUAACAUGGUGAAACCUGUCUCUACUAAAAAUACAAAAAAUUAGCUAGGUGUGGUGGCACGUGCCUGUGAUCCCAGCUACUCAGGAGGCUGAGGCAGGAGAAUCACUUGAACCCGGGAGGCGGAGGUUGCAGUGAGCCAAGAUCCCACCAUUGCGCUCCAGCCUGGGAGACAGCGAGACUCCGUCUCAGAAAAAAAAAGUGUAUGCUAAAAAAUGCAUCAGGUACUAAAGAGUGUACGGUGGAAAGUAAGUCUUUCUCCUACACUCAGACCAUGGAUGGAUGUCGCAGGUCUUCCCAGGCACAUUCAAUGUAUGUACCAGCCAUAUGCAUGUGUGUCAUUUAUUUUUCACUCUACACAGAAAAUUAAUAAAUUACACUUUGCCAAAGUGAGUCAGUCCUACCAACAUCUGAAUUCCCCUUGAUCAUAUUUCUGUUUACAGAAUUCAUACCCACACCGAGCUUAUUGUGUUCCCAUGGUCCUUUGGGAGCCCACGGGGGCUUGUCACACCCAUUUUACUUUUUUAUUUUUAUUUUUUUGAGACAGGAUCUCACUCUGUCACCCAGGCCGGGGCACAGUGGUGCAAUCUCGGCUCACUGCCACCUCUGCCUCCUGGCUUCAAGCGAUUCUCCCACCUCAGCCCCCAAGUAGCUGGGAUUACAGGUAUACACCACCAUGCCCGGCUAAUCCUCCAGAUUCAUAUAACCUAUGGGCUACUUGACAUCUCCACUUAGAUGCAUCUCACCCUUUAAAUGCCCAAAUUUCUGGUUCUGGACUUCUUUCCCACGCUUGGUCCUAAUGCACUGUUCUCCAGCUCAGUAAAGGCCAAUUCCAUUUCUCUACUUGCUCAAGUCCCAAACCCAAGCAUUCUUGGCUCUUUCUCUCACACCUAACAUGGUGAGGUUGUUAUGAUUACAGACUCUAGAGGCAAAGUUCCUGGGUAUAAAUCUGAACUCUGUCACUCCCAAGCUAAGUGGCUUUGGGCAAAUGAUUUCACCUCCAUGUGCCUCAGUUUGCUAGUCUGUACAAUGGGAUGGUAAUAGCACCUACCUCAUGGACUUGAGAAGUCAGCAACUUCAUACCUGUAAAGCCCUUAGAGCUAGCAGUGUGUGGCACUCAAUAAAAUGUUGACUAAUGGUGA